AUGUCUUUCCACCCGCCCAACUCCCGCGCAUCCGCACCCGCACCUAAAUACCGAAUCUACUUCGCCUACGGGAGCAAUCUCCACCUGAACCAAAUGGCCCAGCGGUGUCCCAAAAGCAGAUACCUGGGGCGGGCGAUACUACACGGGUACAGGUGGCAGAUUAACGACCGGGGGUACGCGAACGUCGUGCGGGUGCCUCACGCCUCGCAAGUGUCGAGCUCAGUACAGGGUCUUUGCUACCUGAUUAACCGCGAGGACGAGGCGAAGCUAGAUCGCAACGAGGGCGUUCCGACGGCGUAUGGGAAGACUAUGCUAGAUGUGGAGCUUUUUGUGGGCAGGGCGGGGAUUGCUGGGAGGGAUGUUGGGGAGGUUGUGGGGUGUUCGGUGGAGGAGGUUAGGAGUGCGCCGCUGCUUUCUUUGGCGCAGCGUGGUGAGAUUAUACCGGCUUUGGUGUAUGUCAGUUUGAACCAUACGUUGGAUGGAAGGGCGAAGGAGGAGUAUGUUCAUCGGAUGAGGCUGGGGCUGAGUGAUGCGUUUGAUCUGGGGCUGUCGCCGGACUACGUGCAGUGGCUGGAGAGAGUGAUUAAUGCUGGGGUGAGGCAGAAUUCAGGGACUGGGGGGCAGAGAAAGCCUGAGGUGAGAUAUCAGAAGAGGGUCCCUCAGAGGGGGAGAAGACGUGGUGGGCAUCAGACGCCAGGUCUGCAGCACGGGGGAGCCAACUUUGCUGGGAGGGGGCACUUACACUGA